UUUUGUCCCUGACGUUUUAUCCGAACUGAGUCUCAGACGCAUGUUGCCUAGACAUGCGAUCCUGCUGAUUUUCGUUGAACUCAAGGCUAACAAGCCCAACAGGGAAUAAUUCGUUGGUCGAGUCAAAUUGGUUUCCCAGCGUCUCAAACGCCAUGGCAUUGUGCUCGAGCUUGUGUCCUCAGAUUUCACAUUACUUCAGAGGAAGAAUCAUCUACCCUUUCUCCAUCACAUCACCCAAUUCUGUAUCUUUUAGAACCUUUUCUUCUCAGAUAUCCAAUGCCUCAGCUCAAGUAAAUGAGGCACCACGUGUUGGCUUUUUAGGCAUCGGAAUUAUGGGCUCUCCAAUGGCACAAAAUCUGUUAAAAGCUGGAUGUGACCUGACUGUUUGGAAUAGGACCAAGAGCAAAUGUGAUCCAUUAAUUAGCUUGGGAGCAAAAUAUAACUCAUCUCCUGAGGAAGUAGCUGCUUCUUGCGAUUUCACAUUUGCCAUGCUUGCUGACCCUCGGAGUGCUGUGGAUGUUGCCUGUGGAAAGCAUGGGGCUGCAAAUGGAUUGGGUCCAGGAAAAGGAUAUGUAGAUGUUUCAACAGUCGAUGGGAUCACAUCUAAAUUGAUUAGCGGGCAUGUCAAAUCUACUGGAGCAUUAUUUUUGGAGGCUCCAGUUUCAGGUUCCAAGAAGCCUGCAGAAGAUGGACAGCUGAUAUUUCUAACAGCAGGUGAUAAAGAUCUUUAUGACACAAUUUCUCCUUUUCUGGACAUAAUGGGGAAGUCAAGAUUUUACCUAGGAAAUGUUGGAAAUGGAGCUGCAAUGAAACUUGUUGUCAAUAUGAUUAUGGGCAGUAUGAUGGCAUCCUUUUCUGAAGGAUUACUUCUCACAGAGAAAGUGGGGCUGGAUCCUAAAGUACUAGUGGAGGUUGUUUCACAGGGUGCCAUUAGUGCGCCAAUGUACUCAACCAAGGGCCCAUCCAUGAUUCAGUCACUCUAUCCAACUGCAUUUCCCCUUAAGCAUCAGCAGAAGGACAUGAGGCUUGCCCUAGGGUUAGCAGAAUCUGUUUCGCAAUCUACUCCAAUUGCUGCGGCUGCUAAUGAGUUAUAUAAAGUUGCGAAAUCCCAUGGCCUUGGGGAUCAGGACUUCUCUGCAGUCAUUGAAGCAUUGAAGGCCAAAAUGGAACAUUCAUCCAAUGAGUGACCACAGCUUCUUUUGAUGACAGACACUAGGCUUGCUAGCAAUGCAGCUCCAUUUUACUGCUUUCUUUUUUCAGAAAAGUGACUGAAUUGAUGUGUGAGCAUCGUAAGUUCCCUGACCUUUGUUAUGAUCAAAUUAUAAAAAUCCAAUCCCAACUCAAUAUACUGAUAAACAAAGUCGAUUACAGCA